AUGUUUAUUGAGUUCCUCCUUAUUCAAUUAUUUAGAUUAAAUGUUGAAGCCUAUUAUCUUUAGAAUUUUGCUUCUCCAUCAAGCUCUAAUGACGAAGGGUGGUUAAUCAAAAAUCCUUAUAAUGGAGCUUCUGUCCAUACAUAUGAUUGUGGAGGAAACACAAUUCUUGGAGGAUAUUAGAUAUUUGGAUGCUACUUAUCUACGAAAACAUCAUUAAUGAAAUAUUUCCGCCUGCCACCUCAUUACAAAGUUCGUGUUGAUAUCACCUUCUGGAAAAUUGAUGAUUGGCAAGCAAACGUACAAAAAUUUUACAUAAUUAUUGAUUAAUGGACUCAGACUUGGCAAUUUGCAAAUAAUGCAGGAUCAGAUUAAUGCGGGGGCAGUGGUACAGACUUUAGCGCUCUGUAAUAUAAUGAUUUUUCUUUACAUACUUUGAAUUCAAUAAUUGUUGAGUUUUACUCAGACUGUGAUAGCACUAACUUUUGGGGGUUAACUAAUUUCUAAAUAACUUUAAAUGAAUGCUACUUAGGAUGUCUAUUUUGUUUUGAUUCAACAGUUGAUUGCAUCAUGUGGAAAUUGUGGCAAUCAUUCUUUUAACUAUAAUAUCUUGAUGAUGGUUUAGAGGGAUGGAAUAAAAAUAAAUUUCCAUCAUUUUCUGACACUAUAAAUGAUAUUUAAUUGAAGAUGCUUAUCUUGCAUUAAACGGAUUCUGCAAUAACUUAUCUCACCCUUCCAGAUCACUCUUCUUUGAUUAUUCAAUUUAGAGUUGAGUAUUAUACAGCCUUGCCAAUAAUUGUAAGAGUUUUCAUAGAUGAUGUAUACCAAUAUGGGCUCAUGAAUUAUAAAAAAGAGGUUGAUUUUAGGACAACGACAAUUUAGAAUUCAAAAAAUGCAAUUAAAUUAGAAAUAUACUGUGAGGAUGGCACAGUAGGUAUCCGUGAGGUAUAAAUAAUUCUUCGUGGACCAAUAAAUUUAAUCUCAUGUCUCGAUGACAAUUUAGUCCCUUUUGAUGUAUCUUGUUUAGAAGGUUGUGUAUUUUGUGUCAAAGGAGAAUGUUUGAUGUGUGAUACUAGAUGGGAUUAUGAUUCUGUAAACUAAACUUGUGAAUCUUUAUGUGGAGAUAAAUAUAUCACAACGAAUGAAUAAUGUGAUGAUGGAAAUGACAUCCCAUUUGAUGGUUGUCAUUAAUGCAACUUUUCAUGUCCUUUAAACUGUUAAAAUUGUAUCUUUGGUAAAUGUCAGACUUGCAAUUCUGGUUAUUAUUAUUCUAAUGGAAUCUGUAACAGUAAUUAUGAUAAUUUGCUGACUUUAUCGAUAUCUCAAGUUGACUAAAAUUAAUAACCAAAUUAUUUAGUCGAAAUUGAUGUUGCAGUAUGUGGAGAUGGGAAAGUCUAAUAGGAUGAAGAAUGUGAUGAUGGUAAUAACUUUUCUAAUGAUGGAUGCUAUAAUUGUUAUUUUUAAUGCAUUUCAAGUUGUUAGAAAUGCAUUUUUAAUAAAUGCUUAUAAUGUAGUCCAACAUAUGAAUUAAUAAACGGAAAAUGCUAUGAAAAGCAAACAUAAUUCAGAUCAGUAAGUUGUAACAGAUUAGAUUCACUAGCUAGUGAUAAUUUAAUAUAAGAAUUAAGCUAAUUUACAUGUUGUGACACUGCUGAUACCUAAUACUAUAAUAUUUGUGACCUUGAAAGAUCAAGAAUCAAAUAUAAUGAUCAAAUAAUUGAUCUUAGAUGCCCCUUUAAUUGUGAAAUCUGUUAACUAGGGUAAUGUAAACAAUGUUUGGCUAACUAUUUCCUAUUAAAAAACUAAUGCAUCUCUUAAAUUACCAAAGGAGUACUAGUAGAAGAUGGAAUUCAUAUAGGCCAAACCGAAAUCGGAUGCUACAAAUGCAAAGAUAGUUGUCAGGUUUAAUGUCUUUAAUGUAUUGAUUCCUAUUGCUUGCUUUGUAUUGAUGGCUGGUCACUUGUGAAUGGUAUAUGCAAAUACAUUUGUGGAGAUAAUUAAAUAGCUAUUUGGUCUGUAGAAUAAUGCGAUACAAAUUUAGAUUAUUGUAUGGACUGUUAGUUCGUCUGUUCUGAAAACUGUUCAUAUUGUAUUAAUUUUUAAGAUUGUUUGGUUUGUACAUUACCUUACAUUUUGGUUAAUUAAGAAUGUUAAUUACCUUGUAUAACAGGAUGUAAGUAAUGUAGUAAUGGCAUUUGUUAUGAUAACUGUCCAAAUGGAGAGUUAAAUAUUGAUGGCAUUUGCUAUUCAAUUUGUGGCGAUGGGAUUGUAUAAUAAAAAGAGUAAUGUGAUGAUGGGAAUGACAUAUAAUUUGACGGUUGUUUCAAAUGCCAAUAUUCAUGUUCUCGAUAUUGUGAAAAUUGUUUUGAAGGAGUUUGUUAUUAGUGUUAGCAAUUCUUUAAACUGAUACAAAAUGAGUGUUAUGAUGACUGUGGCAGUGGAAUAAAAUCUUACGAUGAAUAAUGUGACGAUGGCAAUCUUAUUAAUGUGGAUGGGUGUUCUUCUAAUUGUCAGAUUGAAAUUGAUUAUAAGUGUUAGGAGUAAGCUUAUAGUUAUUCUGAUUGUCAAUAUGCUGAAUCUCCUUAUAUGUUUGUCAAAUUCUUAAACCAAACAUACGAUAAAUAUUUUUUUGAGAUAUCAUUCUCAUAAGCAAUCUUUUUUAAGGAUAAUUAUGAUUUGGAAUCUCUUUUUGAGUUUAGCAUUGAUGAAAUAAGCGAUGAGGAUUAUUAAAUAAAGUUAGAGUCAUACUUUGAACCUGUAAUUAAUAAAAUUCUAAACUUUUAAUUUCAGGUAUAAAUUGAACUAUUUGUAUCUACUAAUAGUAGUAGUCUCACUUUUUUUAAUUUAUUUCUGAUAAAUGAAGCAUAUAAUUCAGAUGAAAUGGAAAUACUCAAUCCAUCAGAGAAAGUAUCACUUAAAAAAUAUUCUAAAUUGAGUCAAUCUGACAUAGAAAAGACUAAAUAGCUCACUUAAUAUUAAGAAGCUAUGAUUAUGGCUUAAGGGAUAGGUAGUGUAAUUGUACUAAUUUCUGGAAAUUUUUAAAUUUUUGUCGAAAUUCUAGACAAUUUACAGUAUCAAUCAUAUUUAAAGUACAUUAACGUUAUUUAUCCCGAAAAUCUCUACCUUUUUUUUGAAGCCACUAAUUUAAUAAGUAUUGUUCCAAUUUUAGAUUAUUUAUAAUUUAAUGGAUUCUAUUAAAGAUUUCUAUUUUACGAAUUUAUUGAGUCUUAUGCUAAAUUAUAGUUUUACAAUUUAAAUGCUCAUUUAAUUACUAAUCUGCAAUUCUUUUUCAUCUAAGUAAUAUCUACCUUUAUAUUUGUUAUGAUUCUGAGAUUAAUUUCAAAACUCACCUUUAGAAUAGUCUACAGAAUAUAAUCCUAACAUUAUCUAAUUUUUAGGCUUAGAAGUUUAUAAUCAAAAUUGCUUAUCUAAAUAUUCAAUUGGAUUUUUAAUUUUUUUCAUUACAUUUUGACUUUUCUGGCAGAAUUUUACUAAAAUGGUGUAUUAGAUGUUUUGCUUGCAAACGCUUGGGAUUUGCUAUUUAAAAUAUUUUUAAGUUUAACAUCCUCCUCAAAAUAAGAUAUUAUUUCUCGAAUAUAGAACAUCAUUUCUUAUUUGGUCUUGGCAGCCUCAGGAGGCUUUAUCACAUCCUCAUUAAAGCCUGUUUUUUCAAGAAAGAAUUAGAUGCUAAUUAAUAGAUAUCGGGCAGUUUAUUUACUUAAAUAAUUUUUGUUUUGUUAUUUCUUGAUAUGUUUUCAAAAUCAUUAAUUGAUCUAAAUAUUGAUGUUGACAACUACAAAUAUCAUUUACUUAAUUGUAUUAAUUUUCGCAAAACUUAACUUGUAGGCAUUAGAUAAAUUGUAAAUGAUUAUAAUGGAAAUUUCAAUUAUUACAUUUACUUUUUCUACGAUAUUUUAUUUGAAAGAUUACAGUGAUUUAAUAAGUGAGUAAGAUAAGAUAGUGUUGGGUUUUGCUUAAAUAUAUUUGUUGAUUUCAGGCUUAUUAGGAAUUUUCAUUAAAUAAGUCAUUAUGAUGUAUAAAUAAAUUAAAAAACGAUGCUUUAAGAUUAAAUAGAGGAAAAAGAUCUCCAAAUAAGUUACACACCUGAUAUUUGAGGUUGUUUCAUGA